AUGAUUAUUCCAGUACGAUGUUUCACAUGUGGGAAAGUAAUUGGAAAUAAGUGGGAAAAAUUUCUUGAAUUAGCCACAGGAGGAAAAGUUCCAAUGGACCAAGUUUUUAGUGAGCUUGGGAUUGAAAGAUAUUGUUGUAAACGAAUGUUAGUAUCACACGUUAAUUUGAUUGGGUUCUUAUCAAUGUAUGAUUUACCAUCAGAAAGUCUAAAGAAAGCAUAA